CGUGUCCAAGCUCGCGUUGCGCCGCCAAAGCUUUGAAGUCGCUACUAGGGUUUAUCGCUUCCACUCAUCAAGCGCCUAGCUAGGGUUUUGCUUGGUCCCGUCGGGAGAGGGAGGCGAGAUGCUGCGUCGGAACACGCGGCUCCGUCGGGAGUACCUCUACCGGAAGAGCCUCGAGGGGAAGGAGCGUCAGCACUACGAGAAGAAGCGCCGCGUCCGGGAGGCGCUCGAGGAGGGCAAGCCUAUCCCCACCGAGCUUCGCAACGAGGAGCUCGCCCUCCGCCGCGAGAUCGACCUCGACGACCAAGACCGGGCAGUGCCGAGGAGUAUCAUAGAUGACGAGUACGCCGGCGCCACGCUGCGCGAGCCCAAGAUUCUCUUGACCACAUCUCGUAACCCGAGUGCGCCCCUGACUCAGUUUGUUAAGGAGCUGAAAGUUGUAUUUCCGAACUCACAGAGGAUGAACCGUGGUGGUCAGGUGAUAUCAGAAAUUGUUGAGUCCUGCCGAUCACACGAGAUAACUGAUCUUAUUUUGGUGCAUGAGCAUCGUGGUCAGCCUGAUGGUUUGAUUGUGUGUCAUCUACCAUUAGGUCCAACUGCAUACUUUGGGUUACUCAAUGUGGUAACACGGCAUGAUAUCAAAGAUAGGAAGGCCAUGGGCAAAAUGUCAGAAGCUUACCCUCAUUUGAUACUGGACAAUUUCACAACCAAGACUGGUGAAAGGACUGCCAAUAUAAUGAAGCAUCUCUUUCCUGUGCCGAAGCCGGAGUCAAAGCGUCUAAUCACUUUUGCCAAUAGAGAUGACUAUAUCUCUUUCAGGCAUCACAUCUAUGAAAAACAUGGUGGCCCCAAAUCCAUUGACCUGAAGGAGGUUGGGCCCCGUUUUGAGUUGCGACUCUAUCAGAUCAAACGAGGAACUGUGGACCAAAGCGAAGCACAGAACGAGUUUGUGCUACGGCCAUACAUGAAUACCGCGAAGAAGCAGAAUUCGCUUGGGGUUUGAGUUGAUUUUGACGUGCACAGCAAUUUUGAGUUCUGUUUUGUACUUGGUAGUAUUAUAGCCGGAUGCUUUUGAUGCAUCUACAAAAUCUUGAAAGGGUGUUCAAAGCAUAAUUGGCGUGUUGAAAUGUGAUGCUUUUCUGAGAGAAUGAGGUCAUUGGUUGGCAUGGUAUUUGACGACCAAGCAGUGAGAGUCUAUCCUUC